AUGGCCAAAUGGUUGUUGCAUCGCUUGAAUGACAAAUGGGGCUGGUUAGGAAUGAGGCUGGAGGAGCUUUGUGGUUGGAGGGAGGGACGUUCUGUUUGUUGUUCUGUUGAUACUGCAGUACUGUUGCUGAUACUUGCGGUUGCGGCUGCCGAUGCUUUAGUCAACAGAACGAACUCGCAGAAGAGCCUGGCUCUGCUAAAAGGUGUUGUGAACUAAAACAGCAGCUCUGGUGAAGUGUUGAGCCUUCAGAUUGAAAAAGAUGGUUUUGAUGGCACAAGCAGAAUC